GAUCAGCGUCCCAUGGGUCCCAUCUACUACUACAUCAUGUUCUUCGUCGCCUCCAUCUCGGCUCUGGUCUACUACAGCAUGUGGAGCGAGACGAGUGUGGUGCACAUCAAGGAGGACGGUCAAAAUCACAUCCUCUUCCCCGCGAGAUACUUCGACUGGGCCGUCACCUCCCCCUUGAUGCUCAUCGCGCUCUCGUUGCUGGGAGAUGCUCCUCUCCCUGCCAUCGUCGGGAUCGUCGGGUGUGACAUUCUAAAUGUCUCCUGCCUCUUCUUCGGGGCGUUCUACGGCUACGAGCACAAGUUCUUCUGGUGGGCGACUGGGCUGAUCUUCUUCGCUGUCCUCCUUUUCAUGCUCUUCCAAGAGCUGAGCAAGGCCAGCGAACUUGGUCGAGUGUCGCAGUACGACGCCGACACUUUGCGGUGGCUAACGUACAUCUUCGCGGCCUGCUGGGCUGUGUUCCCUGUCGUCUGGCUUGUCGGGCAGACUGGAACAUCUACGACGUCCUUCAACGUCGAGAUCGCAUUCGAAGUGCUUGCAGACGUCGUCGUGAAGCUUUCCUUCAUCCUCAUCCUCAUCGUUCGCCUCCCCGCCGAUGGCGCAUCGCAGUACUCGAUCAAGCGGGACAUGAACGACAUCCCAGAUUAUGGCUCAGCGAUGAAGAGCGGGGGCUGGCGAGGCAACCUAACGAGCAGCACGUUCGUAUAGAGGACCAGAAACCUGCGGGACAAGAGGUUAUUCAUUAAGAAGAGGGUCGAGAGGGAAAAGGAGCAGGGAGAGGAAGU